UGUUGAGGUUAUGGAUUGGGCCAUUAGCCCAUUAACCUAAUAAAGCCAUACUCUUGGAAAUUGGAACUGUAUUUUGGAGGCCUAUUUCUGUUAGGUAUCUGCCUCUUUUAACACUUUCCUUCUUAAACCCACACCCACCUGUCUCUUCUCCGAUCAGACAGUGCCUCUCUCUCUGUGCGCUAAAACUCCUAAAGGCUAACACUUUUCCUUCUGAAUCAGCUUCCAGGAGACGAUGUGGGCAAGUGCAAGGCGAAAAGUUCUCUCUGGCAGCAUCUCUGCUUCUUUGGUGUUUAAGCAAUCAUUGCUCGCUACUCGUUCUAAUUUUGAACCAUUUUCACAACCUUAUUCUAUGGCAAUAAAAGAGACAUCUCUUUUUGGAAGAGGAUCAAGUAACUCGCAGAGUUUUGAUUGUCAUGGUUCUCAAGGGUUUUCAGUUGCUUCAAAACCUGUAAGGGAAUGUAUGUCAUUUCUCCGAAUGGAUUCCCCUAUUUCUACUCUAAGGAGGCCAUUUUCUUCAGAUGGAUCUAGUGAAGGGGAAAGAAGAGUAAAGAAGAAUGUUGUAACAAGACUUCCUUUUGUUGAUGCAUUCCUGUUGAAAAUUAAGAAGCACAAAGAUCUUCUUGCUAACAGGAAAAUAUGGUCACGUAGAUCUGUUAUUUUACCAGAAUUUGUUGGUUACACUGUACGAAUCUACAAUGGAAGAACAUUUGUUCGAUCUAAGAUCACUGAAGCAAAGGUUGGUCAUAAAUUUGGGGAGUUUGCUUGCACACGGAAGCGUAGACAUCUCAGAACAAGUACUGCAGCGGCAAAAAAGAAGGGAAAAAAGUAGAUAAGGACAAAAGAAAGUCCAUGUUUGGUAGAUUUGAUCUGAAUUGCUGAUUUAAUUCAAGCCAAUUUGCUCGUAUGUGAAAGUCACUAGUCUUCUAUUUUCAUUGUUAUUCAUCUCCUCGGGGUUAACACUAGAAACCGUAAACUCACGGCCCUUGUUUUUCAUUAUCUGGAAAGUUGGUUGUUAUUCUUGAGCCAGCUUUUUGGGAUUGUAAUCUUAAUAAUAUUUAAACUAUUUAUAGUCAGAGUAACAAGGAUGUAAAUUUUAACCA